AUGCCUGAGUCUCUUACAUCCAGCGAAAUUAACUCAAAGACCGAUCCAUCGGUUGGCAAGCAAUAUGACACCGAAACUUCAAAGGAUAAGCAAAUCAAGGAGUUCUUCGAUUUGGUAGAUAGUAAGAAGAUCGGCUUAUUGAAUACCUACCGAAACGGUAUUGGACCUGUCGGUCGUUCAAUGGCCGUCGCUAAACGCGUCGGUCCCGACUUCCUCUUCCUCGCUAACUCCCACUCGCGGAAGUUCUCCGACCUAUCCCAGAAUCCUGAGUGCCAGUUCACCUUCCAAGAUUCUAAAACCCAAGAUUGGGCAUCUAUCACCGGUGUAGCAACCACCGUCUCGAACUCUGACCCACGGAUCAAAGAGCUCUGGUCCAACGGCGUGAAAGCGUGGUUUGGCGACCUGGGAGAUGGAAAACAUGAUGGUGGCCCGGAGGAUCCGCGAAUGACAUUGAUUGAGGUUAAGGCGAAGUAUGUGAGUUAUUGGUUGCAUCAGGUGGGGGCUUUGGGGUUUGCGAAGGAGGUGGGGGUUGCGGCUAUGACGGGCAAGGUGGCUGUUACGGGAGUUUUGAGGGAGUUGAGGGAGGGGGAUUUGCAGGCUGCUAGGAAGUUGGCUUGA